AUGGUCAUCUCGAGCACCACAGCAAGCAAAGACGUCACACCACUCUUCAGGCAAUUGAUCUCCAGCUCAUCCAGUAGCUCCUCUUCUCCUACACCGCAUCGCAACCCCCACGCGCGUCCCCCAGCCUCGCUCAAGCAAGCCCAGCUACAAGCAUGGAAAGCAAGAAGGCAGGCAGAAAAGGCCUGGGAUGCAGAGGCAGCCAAGCUACGGAGGAACAUUGAUGAGCUUGACGGGUUUCUGGGGCAGGUGCGAAGGGCUUACUUGCAUACUGGGCCGGUCUUUCCUGUUAGGGAGCUUGAGGGGGAAGCACCAGCGGGAGAAGCAGCAGGAGCAGGGGCGGCUGCAGUUGGAGCUGAAGAAGGUUCUGCUAGUGGGAGUGGCAAUGGAUUGGAGCGGUAUGGUAGAGUGAGAAGCUUGAGCGAAGAGGAAAAGGACGAGGUGGAUCUGCACCUCAAGCUCGUACUCGAGAAGAGCGUGGCGAGGGUAAAGGAGCUGAUCAAGGCAGAAGAAGUCCGUCAAGAGGCUCAACCAACACCAGAAAGCAGCACGCUCAGCUCCUCCUCUCUCCUCACCCGUCUCCUCUCUCGACCUCUCCCCAUCACCUCCCUCGACUCCAUCGAGUACUCUUCUCAGCUGUCACAGCACCGCGAGGCAAUUACUACCUCUCUAGGUUCCUCGCUGAAGCGCGUAGGAGAAAAGGUGGGGGCAAUGCAGGAGGCAAGAGGUCGGGCGCGACUUGCCAGAGAGGGGAAGAGGGUCCAGGUGGUAGCGAGAAAUGGGAGGAGAGAGGAAGAAGGGAAAAGGACAAGCAAGGCAAUCAUGGGGAGUACCGCCAGCUUUCGUGCUUUGGCUCCCACUUCUUCCGGACGACUACCUCCAGCCUCUUCAUCAUCAUCCUCAAGUACCCACCUCCAGCAGCAGCAGCAGCAUCUGCAAGCCCCCGCCCCACAAGCAGAAGAAGAAGAGCUCACCCCUUCUCAACUGCAACUCUUCCAAUCCGAAUCCUCCUCCUUAACAAAAUCCCUCCAAGCCGACCUCUCAGCACUAGAAAGUGUCACUUCUACCCUCAGUACCAUUUCCUCUCUCCAAACGACGCUCAUUCAACACCUCUCGACGCAGAAUGAGACCAUUGGAGCCCUCGUUGGGGAAGCGGGGGAGCAGAGAGUCGAGGUCAAGAGGGGGAAUGAACAACUUAAAAAGGCAAAGGAGAGGAAUAGGAGCGCUAAUCGAUUGCUGGGCGCUUUACUCGUGGGGAGUGGAUUGGGGUUGCUCUUUCUCCAUGUCAUGGAUUGA